AUACAAAUUAAUAACUGAAUUGGAACAAAUAUCGUAUUUUAGAAAUCCACCAGAUGAUCAUGAUAUUCGUUCAAGAAAAGGGAUAAGUGUAUUAAUUUUUGAAGAGCCUAAGACUCUCAAAGAUAAGACUACAAACAAAGAUAAGAAUACAAAAGAGACAAAUAUUCAAGCUAUAAAAUCCGACAAUGAUGAGAAAGAUAAAAAUAUGAAAAAGAAAAAGGAAGAUGAGGAUAAUAAGCUUUAUUUGUUACGAUAUCCGCACCAAUCUGAUUUUCGCCAAGGCUUAAUAAAAGACUCUAUGCGAACUCAAAGACGUAAAAUAGUUAUUGAGGGACUUUUUAAAGCAAAUGCGCAUUCCCCUCUCUUUUUUGACAGGAUGAGGAAAAAAACCUUUUUUUCUAUACCAUACCUGGCUCAACUGAAACGACUUUUUAUAAAAUGGUCAUCCAGAAACGAGUUCGGUAUUUUAGAGUCUACAGAGGAAAAAAAAACAAUAAUAAAAAGAGAAACCAAAAAGGAAAAGAAACGACGAGAGGAAAUAGAACGGUUAGAGAUAGGGGAAGCCUGGGAAACUUUCCCAUAUACCCAAAUAAUAAGAGGUUUGUUAUUAAUAACCCAAUCAAUUCUGAGAAAAAAAAUUCUAUUACCUUCAUUCAUAAUCGGGAAAAAUAUAGGGCGUAUGCUACUAUUUCAAACUCCUGAAUGGUCUGAAGAUUUAAAGGGAUGGAAUAAAGAAACGCAUGUGAAGUGUACUUAUAAUGGUAUUCCGUUAGCUGACAAAAAAAUUUCCGGAAAAUUGGUUGACAGAAGGUAUUCAAAUCAAAAUUUUAUUUCCUUUCUGUCUAAAACCUUGGCACGAAUAUAAAUCACUAACUUCUCGUGAUGACUUUUGUUUUUUAACAGUUUGGGGAAGGGAAACAGAACACCCUUUUGGUCAUCCACGACAAACACCUUCGUUUUUCGAGCCUGUUUUUAAGGAACUUUACAAAUUUGUAAAAGUAAAAAUCAAAUUUUUAAAAAAGUUUUCAAAAAAAAAAACAAGUUCAAACGAAAAAAGAACAAUACACCCGAGUUUAAUAAAAAAAGAAAAAGAUGAUCAAAUAAAUAACCAGAUAAUGAAUCAACCCUUGAGUAAAAUUGAAAAAAUUACAGAUUGGAAAAAUUAUUCACCGAUAGACAAAAUACAGGCUAUUACUCAUAGGACAAAUACAAUUAAAAAAAAACUAGAAAGAAUUACGGAAGAUAAGAAAAGGCUGACUCUAGAACUAGAUAUGAGCCCUUACAAAAAAAGUUCGAGAUUAGCCUUGUCAAAAAAUUUUUGUCAAAUGUUAAAAAUAAAAAAAAAUAGAUUAAGAUAUAAAUUUCAUUAUUUUAUAAAAUUAUUGAUUCAAAGAAUAUCUAACUAUAUUUUUUUAUAUACUAUAUCUAUUUGCCAAAUGACUGAAAAACUCUUUGUGGAAUCAACAAAAAUGAACUCUCUUUCAAAUAUAAAAACGCAUAAUAAUAAGCGUUAUAAGGAAAAGCCAGAGAAUUUUGGUGAUUUAUCUAACUUGUCACAAGCAUAUGUAUUGUACAAAAUAUCACAAAGGAGUUUUUUGAACGUAUCUAAUUUGAUGUCUGUUCUUCAACAAAAUGGAACAUCUUUCUUGAUUGAAAAGAAUUUCUUUAUUAAAAAAAAAUAAAAGACUCAUUUCAUAAACAAGGAAUACUUCAAUCUGAAGGAAUAAAAAAAGAACUUAAGCGGUCUAGAACGAGUCAAUGGAAAUUUUGGUUAAGAGGGAAUUCUCAAUACGAUUUAUCUCCUAAUUUCUGGUCUGCCUUAAGAUCACAAAAACAAAAAUGGAGAAAUAGGGCGAAUCGCUAUC